GGUCGGGGUAUGUAUAUUGUAUUUUGGUGAGUGUUCUUGUCAUAUUUCCAAAGACACGGCCUUUCUCAACCCCAUCUUCUUGAUUAGAUUAGAUCGAAACCGAAAGCAGAGCAUCGAAGGAAUGCCCUCCCUCUCCAUGGCCAUUCAUCUACGUCUCUUUGAUUGAUUGGAAAUCGGAGGAAUUGCCCUCUCCUCUUUCGUUUCUGCCGGAUCUUGACAGCGUCCGCCGGGUAUUCAUUCAGUAAUCCAUUUCAUCAUCGGAGUUCAUGAUUUGUCUGGGAUCUUGCCUCAAAGGUAACGCAGGAAUCCCAGUCGAUAGAAGUAGUAUAUUAAUGAAGAUUUAAGGUUGGCAUACAUAAAUCUGCCUACCCUCCCCCUCCUCUAUUCCUCUAUUUAUUCUUUUCCAAAUGAGGCUUCCCUCUAUUUAUUACUUUUUAUUAAAAUAUUAAGCCCAUAGGUCCAGGUCUCUAUCAUCACUCCCCCCUUUGACAACCCCACCUUAUCCUCAAGGUGGGGAGUACAAAAGCAGCCAUGCCAUCCCGCUUCAUCCUCCUGCAUCUCCCUUCCCAGUACCUUACAGUUUGCUGCACAAGGGGCUUCCAUACUUGAAUCUUCCUCCUCACUUCUUCUAGCAAAAGAAUCAACAGAUCCUCUACCUUUAGAGCACCACUCCUACUCGAGUGGCUUUGUUCAUGGUGGAACUGAGCUUUACCAAUCCCCAACUGCUCAAUCUUACCGUUGCUAACCGCUCUUGCCUCCGGAUAUAUAUAACCCCAGUCCUGGGGUCUGACAUGAAGUACCCACCAGGACUGACUAAGAACAAGGGCAGAUUCCAAUGCAAUGGUAUUAACGGAAGAUUCCCAAUGGUAUUCAUGUGACCCAGAAUUGAUAGGCUCAAGCAAUGUCCUGAGUGGUGCAAAACAUGCUGCCGUUUCGACUGUGGAUAACAAACUGGCAGAAACUUGUUGCAGGUUGCAGUCUUAUUGCUAGCUGAUUAAUAGGUGAAAAUCCAUGCACAUGGCUUAUAACUUUUCGUCCUGCUUCCUCUACAAAGGCUCUUCUCCACUUAACAACCAAGUCCCUGACGUAGUCCCAUCAUCUAACUGCGUUAAGAGCAAUAACUAGGCAACAUAACAUACAAACACCAUCAGCUUUAGUCAAACAGUUGAAAGAACCUUCUAGUAAGGCAGGCAUAGAAACUGGAUUUCCAGUAUAAGCCAUCCACCUAAAACCAACAGCAAGAGGUCCAAUGCCCAGGUUCCUAGAUCCCGAACAGCGGCCCAUAGCAACAAGUAAUGGGAUGCUCUAAGGAAUACUGCGGAAUAAUACUUCAACUAUUAAUAAACCUUGGAGACCUAACCUGCGAUACGUAGAGAGACAGAGCGUGCGUUGCGUGUGAGAGUUGGAGUGGUCGGCGAUUACAGAGGCGGAGGAGGGGUUUCGACGGUUGCAGAACAAGCGAAUAUCAGAGGCACUAGUACUAGAGGAUUAGGGGAGUUAUAUUGGAGGCUAUUGGAAGAGAUCAGAGAAGUCGAAUAAAGUAAAAUAUAAUGAUGAUGAUUAGCAGCAACAGAAUUAGCAACAAGGAUGAUGAAGCUCAUGAUGAGAAACAGAGGGAGUGGUCGAAUCUGUGCGAGGACCUGUUGUCUUCCAUACUCUCACAUUUAGCCAUCGGAGACUAUCUUACUUUCAAGUCGGUAUGUAAAUCAUGGAAAGCAGCAACUCUGCCUCCUCUUCUAUCGUCAAUGCCAUUACUUCAUUAUUGCCCACAUGAUAAGGAUUCAUAUAAUGACCCCUAUCUCAUGUACUUCAACGAGAAAACCGGCUUCUUCAACUUCCACGAUCCAACACGUAAUUCCACUUAUUCACUUAGCAUUCCUCCCUUGUUGGAUGAUGAAAGUGGUGAAGUUGAACUUUUUCACGCUAGUUGUGGCUGGUUGCUUCUUGGUAAAGGUAGGCAGUCAUAUUUUUUCUAUAACCCGUCAACUGAGGUUAAAAUAGACCUCCCUGACUCGUGCGAAUCGUUUGAGUGGGUAUGUUUUUCUGGAUCACCAACAUCUGCCGGGUGUAAAGUAUUUGGCAUUUAUAGUGGUAUUACAUCUAAGCUUUUAAUUGGAACGUUACAAGUGGGUGAGACAAUGGUCAAUGUAUGUCCUUGAGAAUGAAGGUGACGAUUUUUUUGCUUCCAAUUGCCCCCCUGUUGUGUGCAAUGGAUUCAUUUAUGUUCUAGGGGAAUCUGGAAAUCUAGGAAAGUUUUGGCUUAAGCCCAAGGGGGAAGACUGUAACUGGAAGAUCAUUGGCAAGCAUAAUCAAAAGCAGUUUUUAAAAUUUCAAGAUCGGUUUCUCUUGGAGAAUGACGGCAAUCUAAUGUGUUGCAACUCUGGAGGGCGGUGAAGUUCGGGUGUUGAGAUUCCAUGAUUAUAAUAAGAUUUGGCGGAAGAUAGAGAAUCUAAAUGGGAAAUCAUUUUAUGUGUCUCAUAGGACAUCCAUAUCGCGGAAAACAACCGUUAGCGGGACAGGAAACAAGAUCUUCUUUCCGAGGUUUUACGACGGUAAAGGGUUGUUUUAUUGCCUUGCAUCGAAGAAGUGGCACAACUUUCCCAAGAGUUUUUCAAGUGAGAAUUAUUACAACACAAGAGGAAUAGUUCACUGCGUUUGAACUGAACUUCCUCAUCUUUCUGGAUGGGGCGGCAGAUUACUCGAGUGGACACUGAUUAAUAUCUAACUUUACAUUCACAGAUGGGGCGGCAGAUUAAUCGAGUGGACUGAUUAAUAUCUAACUUUACAUUCACAGAUGGGGCGGCAGAUUACUCGAGUGAACAAAGAGGAGAUACCUUGCAAUCUAAGACAUGCCAUGUCCAUUCAUCGACGCCAUAAAUGGUCCGGCCGCAGAGCUUACAGAGGCAGCCUACUUUGUUGGUUGAUGUGCUCUUCUUCUUCUUACGCCCGCUCUGCAAUUUCUUUGAUUUCCGCGCCAUAUUUGUUGAUUUGCUCUCCUGUGAUUUGCUCUCCAGAAAUAUGUAUCAAAAAAACUUAUAAAUACCCUUUUGGGUAUGAAAAUUUGUUGGUGUAAUUCUGUAGCACUAUUAAGGUGGUAAAUCAUGCUUAAGCUGUUGUACCAUUUCAUCUUUCGUGGUCUUGUCCUUGUGCUUUCGUCAAUUAAAAUGCAAUAUCUUAUUGUUUUACAAAGUCAACAUUUUUUGGUCAAACAAUAAUAAAAAUCAAUCCUC